CCUUCUAGAGGUAAGAAGAAACGAGUGAGAAAAACUCGUUUUAAUACCUAUUAGGAUAAGCAUCUUGUUCAAAGCAUCCUUACUGUGCUUCAGUGCACAGAUGCUUAUAUGGAUCAGCGCGUGAUGAAAUCAGAACUAGACUUACUACAAGCAUCAUUUCCUUAUCUAACCUGUAAGCUUCAGGUAAUCCAGCUAGUGAUCGAUGUGAUGAACAGAGACGAGAUGGAUGUCAAAGGCAUGUCUCUUGUACUAGACACCUUUGAUGUCUUCUUGAACGACGAAAACAUAUCCGGAAUUGAAUCGUCAUCCCUGGAUGCGUUGGUAAGUGCAUUGCAACUCAAGUUUCUGGAUACAGAAUGGGAUGUUCGCGAUGCAGCAAUUCAAUUUGUUGGACAGUUAUUCAAAGAGCCUAUCAGUGAAGCCAAAGUUUCGUUUGCUUUAAAAUACGAUCUGCCUUUGAAUGUACUAGACCGCAUCAGUGACACAGAGCCAUUUGUGCGAGCGUCUGCUGUGGAUGUUGUACAGAAUAUGAUGAGGAGUAGACAGGGAUGGGACUAUAUGCAACAACAUCAGGAAAGCCGAGAGUUCUUAGCUAGCCGAUUGCCCAGUUUAUUAUAUGAUACCGAAGCAUUCGUAAGAAGAGCGACAUUAGAUGCCAUAGGUUGCUUGAUUGAAAAGAGAUCAUGUCAAGGAAUGCACAUGGACAUAGAAAGCAAGUCUCAGUCACUCAAUCCAGAUAUCAUUAAAAGACUUGUCGAUGACCAAGACCCGGAUGUGAGAGUGAGAGGAUGCAGAUUGAUCGAACAUCUUUGGCAUCUUUAUGUGCAUGAAAAGCACGAGCAAAAGAAAAGGACGAAUUAUGUACCCCAGAGUGUGUUCUUUGAGCACAUUCAGGCGGGGGAACUACUCACGCUAGCUGUGAGUAACACAAGUAGAUGUCCAUCUAAUCUCCACUCACCCAUUUAUUUUUGUACGCCAUUGUAGGCUAAUGAUACACAUAGACUAAUUAGAAUCGAGUCUAUCAGGAUCAUCGAGGGUAUACUGAAGGAGCCAUUACGAGAUAAAAGCGGCAAACGCGAAUUAGAAGCUGAGGAUGAGUUUGAGUCCAAGUUUUUGGAUAUGCUGAGCU